GGAAAUCCCCAGAUCUGUCACUGCAGUAUAUACUAUUGUGUCUGAGCCGGGCUCGAAACAUUGUCCAGCAAUCCCACGUAACUCAGAUAUUCCGCUACACUACACUGUUCGACAUCUUUCAAUCGAAGCAAGACACCCACCGCCAGAAUGUCCUCGCCUCCUGAGAUUGACUACGCAUGGACACCCACAGCCGCAACCCGCUGGGAACGGCCCCUCGACGAAGCCGAGCAGUUCUACACCUCCCUCGCCAAAGCGCACGAGGCCACCGGCCGCGUCUUCUUCGCCAUAACUGGCUCGAUCACCUGCUCCCUCCCCAUCCAUGGGACGAAUCGGCCUGACACGGAGCGCAGAAUGGUGGACGCGCUGCGCCAGGCGUGGCUGCAGCUGCGCUACGACCAUCCGACCAUCGCCGUGCAGGUGGGGUACGUCCUGCCGCAGGGAAGGUGUAGGAAGGUGUACGAGACGUUCUCGGACGCGUACACGCCGGCGGACUGGCUGGAGAAGACGUUUCGCGUCGUCGACGCGGGCGUCACGGGGCAGGAGUGGUGUAACUCUGACCCGCCGGUGCCGGACUUGCCGACGCUGUUUCUCAUCAAGGAAGGGUCAGGCCCGCACGGCGACGAAGGACGCGUGCACGCGACCGUGGUUCUGAGGGCGCGACAUGAUAUCAUCGAUGGGGUGGGGACGCUGAUGCUGUUCGAGAAUCUGUUCCAGCAUGCGGCGCGGGCGUACGAGACCAGCCCGUCGGGGUAUACACCGCCGAAGUUUGGCGGGGAGUGGGUGAAUCUGAGUCCGCCGCUGCGAGUGGCGGCGGGGAUCCCGGCGCGAUUAAGCUCGGAGCAGGAAGCGCGCAUGCGGGAGAUCCUGGAGUUUAAUGCUGCCCUUAAGAGGGAGGUAGAGAUUGCCAGUGUGCCAUUCAAUCGGCAGGCAAGCUUGCCGGGAAGACAUCAGAGGGUGGCGAUCAUGCUGUCCGCGGAGACAACCGCACGGGUGCUGGCGGCGUGCAAGGCGGCGGCGCUCAGCAUCACGCAUGCCUAUCACGCUGCCAUCGCGCUCGGUGUGCGGGACGUCCAGGAGCGGCAGCCCGCAGCGCGAGUGGUUCGGUAUCUCAAUUACAGUCUCAUCAAUGAGCGCGGCCAUUGCGCGGCGCCGUACAAUACCGCCGCGCAUCCGACCGCAGUGUACCACUCGGUCUCGGGGCGCGGGCUGGCGGUCGACCUGACUGUUCGUGCGUCGUCGGACUCGAAGGAUCUGGUCUCUGAAGAGACGAGGAGACAGGAGUUUAUGGACACCGCGGGGAUGAUCCGGGAUUUCUACCUCGACAUUCGCGAUGAUGCAGAGCACAUUGAUCUUGUUCCCUCGUACUGGGCAAUGUCGACGAUCCCUUAUCCGGCGGAUGGAAAGACCCCGCCGGUCCCGCCGCGGAAUGAGACGCCGUCGGUCUCGAUUUCCAGCAUGGGCGUUCUGGACCGAGUGAUCAGGCCGAAUCAAGGGAGCUUCGAGCUAGAGGAUCCCUGGGUGACGGGCGAGGAGCUGGGGACCGGCCUUGGGCUGUUCCUUGGAACAUGGAAGGGGAGAUUAACACUGAGCGGAGCGUACAAUGACGCAUUUCAUGCUGAAGAGGAGGUGUUGAGGCUCCUUCGGCGAUGUAACCAGAGCACACUUCAUGGCCUGGGGAUUGAGACAUCGGAUUGA